AUGGGUUCGAAUCCCGUUGAAGUCCCAAUUUUUUUUUCGGGUUAAUUUGCAGUUGUUUAAAUUGCAAUUACUACUGCGACGAUCAUACCUUCAAUCAAAUUUUAACAUUUAUUUACGUCAUCAGUAUGAAAUUUCUGUCGCCGAGGCAUAGGCGUUCCUCCUGGCGAAACGUCUCUACCGGCAGCAUUCGCAGGCUAUAUUAUUAUUAUUAUUAUUAUCAUUAUUAUUAUUAUUAUUAUUAUUAUUAUUAUUAUUAUUAUUAUCAUUAUUAGUGUAUUUUUUCAUUAUAAUGUUAAUAAUCUCCUUUAGCGAUGGAUUUCGAAGGCAGAAGUACUUUUAUGAGAACAUGGAAAGAAAAUGGAGACAAAAAAACAUGUUUUCCGUCCUACUUCGCAGACCAGUUUUUCGGCUUUGUUGGGCAUAUCGUUAAGGGUGGUUUGUAUUACCCGGUCAACAGCCCGGUUAUUUACCUGACACAUAUUUUUGAAUUCGUGUUUAAUACGAGACGAUCAGCUUUAAACGCAGCUAUCCGGAGGAAGUUAUAAGAGAAAACACUUUAGAAACAAUACUUACAAUACAAUACAUCAAUACUUCAAAAUCCAUACGUCAAACAUUACCACAAAUCCAUUUCGUCACGUAGCGUUCUGGUAAAAAAUAUUUCUCGCAGACAAAAUGUGCGGGGUUAGAUUCUUACAAAAGCUCGUUUUUUCUUUCUUGUCGUUUUUUGGUUCAUAUAUUUUCUUUUUCCUAUUGGCUUCUUCCUAAGCGCUGACUCGAAAUGGUUAGCUUUCAUUUACUGUAAGGUUUGUCACUAAAUAUAAGUAUGUAAAACGAAAAUUUAACUUGCAGUCGAAUAUUGGUAUAGGCGAUGGAUUUCGGUUUCUAGGGCCGCAAAUGCGAAUCCCGCUUAUGCCCCAUUUUGAGACUUAGAAAAAGAUUAGAAGAGUAGAAAUUUUAAGAGACUUUGAGAUUUUAUGUAAGUGUAGCUAAAAGGGGAAGUUGGUUCUGGAGGAUGGAAUCUAAUGCUGACCAUUCAACGACGGGUUUCCAGAAUUUGCCAAAUACCACCUUGCGCGCUUGCAGAACAGAAUUUUCCAAGACCACUUCGCGCGCUUGCUGAAAAUUUAACCGGGACCAUCUUGCGCGCCUAGUUUCUCCAAAUCAAGAAGAUUUGCAUAUUACUAAUAACCAAAAACGAGAAGUCCAAAGACUACUGCAAAGCUGAUCAGAACAACAUGUAUUGUUUUUUCAUAACAAUAUUUCGGCUGGCCAUACCAGCCUUCUUCAGGUUUGCGGAUGUUACUGAACUUAUGAUAAGAAACACAAUAUUAUAUAGUGAUUAUAAUAAUAAUGACACUGUGCAGCAUAUUUUGUGUAGUUGCCCCAAGCUUGCGCAGACAGAAUAUAAAAAGAGGCAUGAUGUUGUUGGGCGGGUCAUUCAUUGGGAGGUGCGCAAGGAAUAUGGAGUUGAGUGCAGUGACAAAUGGUAUGAGCAUUCCCCCAAAAGCGUAGAAGAGAAUGAGGAGGUUAAACUGUUGUGGGACUUUACCAUCCAAACAGACCGUGAAAUCCAUCACAGGAGGCCAGACAUUGUAAUUCAGAAAAAGAAGGCAAAGGAAACAAUCAUUGUGGACAUAGCUGUUCCCGGAGAUAGUAAUAUUCUGCAGAAAGAAACUGAAAAGUGUGAAAAGUACCAAGACCUGGCAAGAGAGAUUCAAAGGAUCUGGAAAUCAAGGACAAAAGUGGUGCCAGUGGUUGUAGGUGCAUUGGGUUCAGUGUCAAAGAAGCUGGCAGGCCACUUGGAGCAACUAGGAAUUAAAAACCGAAGAAGAACGAUGCAAAAGUCGGCACUCCUCGGAUCGGCACAUAUCCUCAGAAAGGUGCUGAAGUCUGAGGUCUCGGGAUGAGACUUGACUGGAUAUUUCUCCCCAGGGAAAAUCCCUGUGCUAAAUUUUACAUAAUAAUAAUAAUAAUAAUGUAAAAUAAUGAAAAAAUUUUAUUGACAACAAUGCUAACUAUUAAAAUCCUAUUUACAAUUAAUUCGCUUGAAAAAAAGAAAAAACUAUUCAUUCAUCAUCAUCAUCAUCAUCAUCAUCAUCAUCAUCAUCAUCAUAAUAAUAAUAAACCCGCGAGGGUUAGAAAUACCAAGUUGAGAUCUGGCGCGGGAUAGCCUCUCUCCAGCUAUGGGUCAAAUAGCAUCUUCACCAAUAUGAGUAGUAGAAAUGUAAGGAAUUCAUACCGCAUCGCUCGUCGCGCGGGUCAACAAGGAGCGCGUCCCUCAGUGAGUUGUCAGGCUGAGGUCGAAAAGUUGUCUACUGAUCUACCCUCUCAACCUGCAGUGGCGGCCAACCCAUCUCAGAGUCUCUCCCAACAGGGUCCGUCCACACCAGAACGGGCAGGUACCAACACAGAUAGAAGAAACACCAGACAGAAAUGGACACGAGAGGAUUACAUUGAGGUCAUGUUCUUGUAUCACAAUAAAAAAGUGGAAAAACAAAGCAUUCCAUGGCCAGUAUCCAAAGAUCCUAGAGAAGCCUCAUGUAGACACAGUCACCACCAACAAAUGGUUGUCAAAUAAUUUGAAAGGAGAAACAGAGGGACUACUAGUAGCAGCUCAAGACCAGGCAAUAAACACCAGAAACAACCAGAAAGUAAUACGUGGCCAGUAAGUGGAGAGCAAAUACAGAAUGUGUUCGCAACAUGAAGAGAUGGUGGACCAUAUUGUAUCUGGAUGUGAGGUAUUAGCCAAAACAGAGUACAUCUCCAGGCACAAUAACGCUGCAGCAUAUCUCCAUUGGAGCAUCUGUAAAGAUCACGAUAUAGAGAUUACAGACAAAUGGUACGAACACGAGCCUGAGACCGUGAUGCACAAUAAAGAUAACAACAUCACCAUCAUGUGGGACACGCCAGUCAAUACUGAUAGAACUAUAACAGCGAACAGAUCAGACGUCAUCGUUAAAGAUUCAGUGAAUUCCACCUGCAAACUGAUUGAUAUGACUGUUCCAUCAGAUAGAAACAUCGCACUGAAGGAAACUGAAAAAAAAAGCAAGUACAAAGACCUAGAACCAGAAAUACAAAGAAUGUGGCAUAUGAAAACCGUAGUGAUCCCUGCGGUUGUUGGUGUGCUUGGUACAGUGAAGAAGGGUAUGGUAGAAAACAUCAAGAAAGUAUCAGAGAGAGCUACUAUGACAUAG